AGAAGUGAACUACUUUCGGCCGCCAACGCCUGCGGGCGUCAACGCGAUCGCUAUAAAUAAAUACAAAUAUUUAAAAUGUGUAGUGUUUGCGCGCCUUUUAGUUGUAGUGAAGCGAUGCAACAACAGUUGGUAAUAAAUUAGUACGCGUGGUUGAUUUGCUUUUCACGUUGCUUUCAUAUAUCUAUUGCCACAUAAAUACUUAUUUAUAAUUUUUACUAUACUUCUGCCACUGCAGCUGUGGGCUCAAAGUAGCGUGAUUUUCUUUAAAUAAAAACAAUUGAACGAGCAUAAAUGAGGAAUUAGGAAUAACUAGUGAACAAAAGAAAAUAAACACAAAAAAUGCCAAAAAAAAUAUUAGCAAUAACCACCAACAUUGUUAAAUAAAUUGAAUUUUGAUUACAAAGAAAUAAAUUUUUAGAUUUAAAGACGCAUAGAAAAGUGAGGUAAAGUGCCAACACGAGAGCCAAAGGCACAUAAAAUACGUGCACACAUAUACACAAAAUAACAAAUACAGUAAAAACGUUAAUCAGAAGGCAAACAUUUAAUUCUACACAAAUAAGGCAAGCGUCAAAGCAACAAAAAACAACAACCAAUUAACGGACACCAGCAACAAAGUCUGUGAUUUUUUAUAUAAUUUGUAUUUUUGUUUGGAUCGCAAAUUUAAUUGUUUGUUUCAUUAAUUUGCUGUGGCGCCGAAAUCUCUACAUUGUUGUCUUGCCCUUACGUCGGCUGUCAUGUGAAAAAUUUAAGUUACCCAUUGCCCCACAAACGGACUCACCACAAAUCAAAACAAGAACAAAUAAACAAAUAAAACGCACAGGAAUCAACUGUAUGAAAUACUAAAUGAAAAGGCGUGAAACGUAGCGGAUCACUUAGAAGGAAAGUAAAAGCAAAAAGAACGCCAAUAACAGUCCCAACCACAGCGAGCGCCAACUAUAAUUGUUUUUCGCAUAAAAAGCUAACCAAGUACCAAGAAAGACAGAAAGCAAGAAGGACAAAAAGACAGAUAUAUACAAGCAAUGAUAACUUGGCUAAAAGUCAGUUCAAGCAGAAAGCAGUGAUUGCAUUUUGAGUGGGUUGUUCGGAAUUGAACAAUUCCAAGUUGCAGUGGCGUCAAUUGAGUACAAAUUGCAUGCCAACAGCACGCAAAAUAAAUUAAUGUGGUUCGUUUGUUGAUUUAACGGUGCAAUUUGCUGUGAAGUUGUGCCACUGGACGUUGAGCAUGCAAAAGAAAUUAUAUGUAUGUGCAUAUCUAACAGACUGAUCUACGUUUAAGACGUCCAAUUGGCUCGUUUGCUCAACUGAAAUUUUCUACGCUCAGCUUAGUAGCUUUUCUAAACAUUCCUCAUAUUGUUUACUUUUUUAAGUAAUUUGUACUAAACACAUACACACAUACAAAAAUGGUACAUGCACCAGCGCGCAAAAAUAAAAACGCAAAUGGCAAUUGUGAUUUGGUAGAGGAUGUUCUGACGCCAGUGCCACCAGAUGGUGGCUGGGGAUGGAUGGUCGUCUUUGGCUCCUUCAUGAUACACCUUAUUACCGAUGGCAUGACAUACUCGUUUGGCCUCUUCUACAAUGAGUUUCUCGACUACUUUAACGAGGGCAAAGGUUACACGGCCUGGAUAGUGUCCAUUAUGGUAGGCGUUACUUAUGCUUCAGGUCCCAUCUCCUCAUCCUUUGUCAAUCGCUAUGGCUGUCGCGCAGUUACCAUAGCGGGUGCCAUUAUUUCCGCAAUCUGCAUCGUUGCCAGCAUAUUCGCCCAGAAUGUACUAACACUUAUAUUCACCAUUGGCAUCGGCACCGGCUUCGGUCUGGGCCUCAUCUAUCUACCAGCUAUUGUGAGUGUGACGACAUGGUUCGAGGCGAAACGUUCGCUUGCCACCGGCAUUGCAGUGUGUGGUUCCGGUUUCGGUACAUUCGUAUUUGCACCACUCACCGAACAUCUGAUCGGCUCGUUUGGUUGGCGUGGCGCGAUGCUCAUCAUUGGCGGCAUUGUAUUGAAUUGCAUCAUUUUCGGCGCACUUUUCCGCCCAUUGGAACCGCCAAAGCCGCCUAAGGGGAAGAAAGCCGAUAUUAUUGAUAAUAAUACAACGAUUGGGGAGUUGAAGCCACUCAAAUCGAAUGCAGAUGGUGGAGAUCAAUACUUGCAGUUACCAGAACGCGCAGAUGGGCCACUAUGUCGGUCGAACAGCGUGGGACAUGGCUUCAAUAGUAACAAUUUGCGACAACAGCUGCGUCCCUCAUUGGCGCAUUGCCGGAUGCUCUCACUCGACUUGACAAUGCUGUUAGCGCAAGUAAAAUGUAGUUCGUUCCCAACACCGUCAGAUGAUUCCCAUAUAAAUCAAACCGAUCUUACAAUCCUGUUAUAUGCAAAUAAUAAUCAGGCUGUGAACAAUAGCGCUAAUGGUAAACCCCCAGUGCCACCCAUCGGGCAGAGCACCAGCAGCACGGAUAUGGUGCGUCACCGUAGUCAGCCGCAUUUGGAGCAAUUGACGCCGCCACAUGAGAACUGGGGUAGUGGCACUAUGUAUCGGCCGGACAUUCUGUACCAGGGUUCUCUGCUCAACAUACCAGAGUACACGGCAUCACGCAAUGAUCUCUCCGGCAGUGGUAUGAUUAAGCGUUACGGCUCGGUGCGACCCAGUGCACGUGCCAGUCAAAGUCAGGAAGUAAUAAGAUGUUGUGGCUGUGUGACCUGCUCCAAGGAGACCCACGACACCUUUGUCGAAAUGAUGAACUUCUCGCUGCUAAAAGAUGUUGUCUUUAUUGUGUUUGCGCUCUCGAACUUCUUCACCAGCAUCGGUUUCAACGUGCCAUACAUUUACAUAGUCUCACAAGCCGAAACACUAAAUCUCGGCAGUAAGCAGUCCAGCUACCUGAUUGCCAUUAUAGGUGUGGCCAAUACAAUUGGCAGAAUAGUGCUGGGCUACGUGUCCGACAAACCGUGGGUAAAUCGAUUGUGGGUGUACAAUGUCUGUUUGACUCUGUGCGGCAUUGCUACCGCCAUGGCGCCGUUCUGUACAACUUUCUACACGCUCGGCGCUUAUUGUGCAGCCUUCGGAUUCACCAUCGGCGCCUAUGUCGGCUUGACUUCAGUGAUACUGGUCGAUCUGCUUGGCUUAGAGAAAUUAACAAAUGCUUUUGGUCUUUUGCUACUCUUCCAAGGUAUCGCUUCAUUUAUUGGACCUCCAAUUGGCGGCUGGCUGUAUGAUGUCACCAAUUCGUAUGGUCCCGCUUUCUUUAUGGCUGGCAUCACGAUCGCUAUCAGCGGUAUUAUACUUUUCGUCAUUCCACCCAUUCAACGGCAUCUCGACGCCAAGGCCAAACAGCAACAACAAGCGAACGCGCAGGCGCUAUCGCUAAGUUAGUAUGGCCUUGCGCUUUUAGCAGAAACUGUUAGUGGUGGUGAAUCGAGUAGCGAGUCGCCAUUGUGCGCUACGUCGCCCAACAUGACUUUGAUACAAUUUUGUAUUGAGCGCUUUUAUUUUCAAACUAUUUUUUGUUUGCUUAUAAUUUUGUAUGUUCUUCGUAAACAAUUUCUUAGACUUUUGUAUCAUUUAGAAUAUACGCACGUAUGUAUGUAUGUAUACCAUUUAAGUAGUUGUGUAUGAGAAAGAAGUGACCUUUGCGGCGCAUCACAAAAAUAGGGAAACACUUUUGCCUUUAUGAAUACAUAUAUAAACCUAUACACAUACAUACGUAUGCAGAUAUGUAUAUGGCUGUAAUAUUUAUGUAGCUAAAUACAUAUUUAAAAACAAAAACUUCAAAUUUACUCUAGUUGCUAGCGUAGGAAAUGAGAGCGAACAGAAUUUAGUUAUAUUUAUAUGAUUGUUAUUGUUGUUAUUGAAUAUGAAAAGUGCGAAAAUGACAUGUGAAUCUAACAAAGAAGAAUUUAAUAAGUACUAAAUUACUGGUAGGCUAAAAUCCAAAAACAAAAUAUUCUAUUACAAACUCAAAAUUUGUUCAACACUUCAAGUCUUGCCUACGCAUUAAGUACUUCAAUAAUCAAUCGCUCAGGUAUGCCAUAGCGCACAUAUCGUAUCGUAUGCUCAAACUGUUUGUACGACAACUGAUAACGGUAUUCACGAUAGUCUGUAAAGUAAGAAAGGCUAAUGCACGGAAAAGUGGUAAAUAAUUCACGGUGUGAAAAAAUGGUAUGAAAAUAAUAAACUUUGAGGCCAGUGUGUUUUUGUAUUUUUGUGCGUUUUCAGCCGUAGUGAAUUUUUAAAUUAAGCGCGCACUAAAAUUUUAUUCAACUGGCACAAACAGAGUUUAUCUCGCACUGAAAACUUGGCAUUAAGGGGGGCCUUUCAUCAGUGGCUUCAAAAAAAUGUGUUUUUUCUCAAUUUUUUUUUUCGAGGCGAAAAAAGCGACAUAUAGAAAUAAUCUUUUGUAAUAUAUUUAUUUAAAGGCAUGAUUGAGGAGUAAUAAACAAUUUUUUAACAUAAAUAAAAAUAAAACAAAAUAGCGGACAUAUGAGGGAUCUCGCACAGCUUCUCGUUGCGCGCUAGUAAAACGACGUGUAAGAUUACGGUCGUAGUUUUCACUUGAAACACAAAAGAAAAAUAUUGUCUUAUUCAGAAGGCUUUCCCGCAUAUAAUAGACUACUACUAUGAACAAAUGAGCACGCAAUUAAUUAUUGAAAAAAGUGCUUUUUUCGCUAUUUUUUUUCAAAAAAGGUGUUAAAUAACAUUAAAAAAUUAAUUUUUUUUUGUAUUUUGUUAGUUAAUUAGUUGCGCAUUUUAAUUACCGUUAUAUAGAGAUUAUCGGUUUGAAACGAUAACUUUAGUAGUUUUUUUUUUAAUCUUACACGCCAUUUUCAAAAACAUGGUUUUGAGAAAACGUGUUUCAAAGUUUUCAGAAGGUAGACAGUAUACCUGUACUCACACCAGGGACGGUACCCAGGCCUGCCACUCCGAAAUCACUUUGAAUUUCGCUAUAAAAUUUUGAGGGCAUAUUCUCCUAUAAUAUAUUUAUCGAUUGCAGUAAAAAAAAUCGAUUUUUUGAAGCCGACUGAUAAGAGGCCCCCUUAAAUGAAAUUUUCUUUUGCUAGUUUAUGUGUGGUAAGAUUUUAAACAGAGUUUAAGCCUGAAAAAUUUGCUCAUUCAAAGUAAGUUUAACUAGAAAGCAGAUUUGAAAAACUGCUCUCAAAACAAAUGCGCUCUGAAUUUGCUUAUAUUGGAAAUCAAACCUAAUUUUAGUGCUCAAGUUUAGCUGUAACUGCAAACCUGGGCGUCUAAAUUUAAUUUAAUUCGAUAAUAGUGUUAUAAAGGGUGAUUAAUUUAGAGGCAUCGGAUUUUAAAUUGAAAUAUAACAAAGCAAAUUAAAAUUGAUGGGGCAAUCUUUAUUAUUUUUGUGUAGAACCAUUCGUAGUCCGGAAGCCAGGGGUCAUUUUGACCUCAUCAUUUCAUGUCGACUGAUUUUAAUACUGAAGGCAGACGCCAUCCAAUAGAUGACGAAACCAUUCGUCAGCUGGUCCAGUAGCGGUUUGUACGUGCUUGGGAUGCUGCGAAACUUGUCGAAAAAAAUUGUUAACAACUCAUUUAAUACCGGUUGAAUUUUUUUUUGUGUAUUGUUGACAUUUAGUAGAAUAAAAAAAAUAGUCAGCUGCGCCUUAGAGGGGAGAAAAUACGUCAGCUAAACGGAAUGAUACAUUCUUGCUUCGGCUGAAGGUCUUCCCACCGCUAUAAACGCAGCUGACCAUCAUUAUUAUAUAAUAUUUUCAUAUGUGUCCAAAGUUAUGUAAAAAAAUUUCAGUCGUCAUAAAGUAGUUUUACUUUUCAAUUUUUUUUACAAGUUCACCUAUUCAACUGACGUAUUUUCCCCUUCUACGGCGCAGCUGACUAUUUUUUUGUUUUAUUCUACUGAAUGUCAACAACACAUAAAAAAAUUUUCAGCCUGUACUAAGUGAGUUGGUAGAAAUUUUUUUUCGACACGUUUCGUGCCCUCCCACAAUCAAACCCACCGCGGGUGCGCCAGCUGGCGUUCACUUUCGUUAUUCAUGAAAGCUAAAUCACAAGUAUAGUCAAGAAUUUAACGGUAUAAAAACGCAGUCCAAAAUCGACCCCUGGCUGCCGGACUAUCGUGAAAUUUAUUUUUUAAAGAUAAUUCCUUUCAAAUGUUGGCCGCAAUUGCGCCGUAAUUCGGUCAUCCGUAAACAACCAAUUUUGAUUGACUCGCUGGAGCGCUUCGGUCGGUUUCGCGUGAAUAACUUUACUAAUGUUCGCUUCCAGUCAAAGCUUGUUUGUCUCAAUCAAAGCUGGUUUAUCCACAAAGCAUUUAGACUUUACAUACCCCCACAAAUAAUAGUGCAAAGGGUGAUAUCACACGGUCUUGGUGGCCAAGACGAGCGAUACAUUUUUCACCGAAACGAUGCCGCAGUAAAUCUAUUGCUUCACGCGCUGUAUGGCAAGUAGCGCCGGCGCCAUCUUGUGGGAAGACCCAAAUGUUAUCGAGAUCACGGGCUUUAAUUUGCGUUCAUCCGACAUCACAAAGUCGUUUAUCAAGGCGCCAUAGCGUUCACCAUUCACUGUUACAUUGGCGCCAGCCUCGCCUUUGAGGAAAUAUGGCCGAUCAUUCCUUCAACCCAUAGACCGCUCCAAACGGUUGUUUUUAAUAAAUGUAAUAGUUGUUCUGGAAUGACUUCUUGUUGCUUUUCGGCCCAAAUAAGGCAAUUUUGAUUAUGCGGCUCAUCGCCAUAAGUUAACUUAAGCGCGCGAGGAACACUUUUCACAGAGCGUCGCGUCGAUUUUCGUAAUACACUUUUACGAUUUGUAAACGUUGUUGAGGCGCAAGUCUUUGCAUAAUGAAAUGUCAAUGAAUACCUAAAAAAAAUAUGUAUUUAGUUUGAGAGUAGUUACACGUGAUCUGCCAAAAAAAGCCCCAUUGCUUAAAGUACCUCCAACCUGAUCACUCUUUACUUGCACCGGGUAAACUGGCUCUUAUUGUUAUAAGUUAUUCCAAAAUACUUCUCUAAGCUCUUCAAACUUUACAGAAUUUCACGAACAUCUUGAGCAUAAGUAUAAUCUAGCAUACAUAUCUGUAUCUUCUAUAUAGUCGCUUAAAUAUAAAUAAAAUUAUAAAACUGAAUUAAAAAAUAUAAAUAAUUAGAUUUUAGCGAAUUUUGUGACAAAUUCUCUUUAAAAAUUAUGAUGAGUCUUUUAUU